AUGGACAGCUCGAACUCAUCCGUGUUCGACCUCCCAUUGCACCAAGAUAGUGCAAGGCCAUGGGAUAGAAGACCAGUAACCGAUGACCAUUUCCAGAAUCAACCUCGUGUAUCUGACGCAAAUUCUCGCUCAAAAAUUUCUUUCUUGGUGAUAUCCGGUGGUUCGGGCGGGAACUCCAUAUGCGCUGCAUUCGAAAAUGCAUGUUAUGUUCUUCCGGUCUCGGACGACGGUGGAUCGUCUAGUGAGAUAAUCAGGGUACUCGGUGGACCAUCUAUCGGUGACAUUCGCUCAAGACUUGUCAGAUUGAUCCCUCCGGUUCCUCUCGGUUCGCCUCUCGAUGCCGUGCGCACCCUUUUGUCUUACAGAUUACCAUCGAACGUGUCUGAUAAUGAAGCACGCGCUGAAUGGCGGAGCAUCAUCGAAGGACAAAGUCCUCUGUGGUCGGGCAUCCCGAACGACCGGAAGGAAGUCAUCCGAGGUUUCCUGGUAUACUUCGAGAACGAAGUCCUCAAACGAGCACACAAACACUUCUCCUUCUUGAAUGGAAGCAUAGGAAACUACUUCCUGGCAGGUGCUCAGGGCUUCUUCCGGUCCUUGCCGUCCGCAAUAUUUUUAUUCUCCACAAUGACGAAUAGCCAGGCCAACAUCUUGCCAGUCAUCGUGACGAAUCAUAUAACUACCAUUGCAGCGGAAUUGGAGGAUGGCACGAAGCUGCUGGGUCAAUGUGAAAUAUCUCAUCCAGUGGCUCCUGCAAUCUUCUCUGAUUCAGAGCUGCUGUCAUUUGACCCGCUAUCUCCCAUAGAUGGACUAGGCGAGAUCAUACCACAGAAUCGGUUCAACAUUAUGUACAGUCAACAAGCCAAAGAAGGCGGAUAUGAGCCUCUCCAUUCUCGGAUAUGUAGACUCUACUAUAUCAAUGGGUAUGGCCAUGAAGUGUACCCGAAACCAAACCCUCAAUUUAUCAAGAACCUAUCGACUUCGGAGGUGUUGGUGUACUCGUGUGGAUCUUUAAUGUUCAGCAUCAUUCCCUGCCUGGCUCUCCGCGGCGUAGCAUCUGCGAUCGCGGGAUCUCGGUUCCUACGUGUCAAGGCGCUUCUGUUGAACGGCAGUAAUGAUAGAGAAACAGAUGGAUACACCGCCGUCGACUAUAUCAGAGCUAUCACCUCGGUGUUGAAUUCGCAAUACCCGCCAAACGGGCCAGGAAACGUUCCACUUUAUCCGAUCUCAGCGUUCAUCACCCAUCUGGUAUAUCUUGAGGGGACAAAGGUAGCAGUAGACGUCGAAGCUAUUACCACACUCGGCAUCAAGUGUAUUUUAGUCGGAAAAAGAUCCGAAUGCGCACCUAAUUCCGGAAUACCUCAAUACGAUGCUGCUAUGGUUCAGCAAGCCAUCGAGGAAAUUUUAUCAGGACAAUAG